CGCUCCAUUAUCUACAAGACACUUCCCCUUCAAAAACGAUGCACUUUUAUGAUUCAUCUUACACCUAGGUAGAAUAUACCCCAUGGUAUCAAAAUUCAAGCUCAAGUAAUGAAUAAGCAAUUUUCUCCUUCUUCUUUUUUCUAAUACCUAGAGCCUGCGCCACGAUCUUCUUCUGUAUUUCUUUCUCUUUCGCAUAAUGCGCAUUAUGAGUUCUGUGUUCUCUUUUGUGAAAAUAAGCUUACAUGUGCUUUUCUUUAGGUCACACUAGUUCUGAUUGUCCCUUCCAAGGUCUUAAAACAGAAGGGUUUAACUCCAACAUCAUUUCCCGGAUUUCAUUUGCAGCUCGGUCCAAUCAUGUUCAAAAUCAUCUCAUUUUCCAUCAUCCUUUCGGUUGUCGCCUUGCUCUGGUUAGUGUAUCAUUCACCUGUCAAAGAGUUUCUGCUUGAAACUUCCACUCAGUUCCGCAACUUGGUAGUUUGCUCAGACACACAAGCGGCCCAAAUGUGCUGGAAAAAAUUUGGUCCUGCAAUACUAGCACUGGCGAAAUCGAGUUUCUCAAACUUAGCGUACCAGCUUGUGGAAGUAUGCCUCCAUGAAACAGAGAGUCAACAUCUACACGAUCUACAAUUCAUGCUCAAUGUACAAAAGUGUUUCCAUGCAGCAGACUUCAUAGAAUCUCGAUCAGGGUGCUGCUCGGCAAAAUCAAGUGUCCGAGAGGUAGCAUCUGUUGAUCUGUGGCUCACAUUCUUGAAGACAUUGCUUCUAGUAUACUUGGUGUUCAAUGUACCUGAACGCGCGAUCUUGAAAAUACGGGAAGCUUUCCACGCGAGUUAUGAGGUGUCAACAUCGUUCUGGAAGUCUUUUCUUGCGGUGUUCAGCCCCUUUCUUAAAGUUCUUCUGACAAGUGAUUCCUUAGAUGGAGCAGCAAAUUCGCUGGAAAAUGUUUACGAGGCAAGCCCAAAAAUGGUUCCUCCAGGUGAGAAUAUGGGUGCAAAAUGGCAUAACAACGUACAGACAACCCUGUGUACAAGACAUGAGGCCUGUACCGAGAAGAAAGGUUUACUUCGUGUGGUCAAAAAACCACAUAAUGCAUGCCCCCGCGUCGUGAGAGGAUGUAGAGAGCAAUCUAAUUCAAUACCCGCUACUUCUGAAUGUGCACGCGACGCAAGCGACACCGAGACCCAUACUAUGUGUGGCCAUCUGGACGAAGAUGACCGCUGCAGUGAGGGGAGAUUUGAAGUCACAUGCUCGCAAUCACUCGCUACAAAUACGUCUGGGAAACUAAAUCUGAAUAAAGCGUUUCUGUCUGACGGCGAAUUAUCUGAUUCCACUAGAAGCAGUCACCGCCAAAAACUUCUCCUUGGUCCACACGAAUCUACUUCGGCGGAUGAUAUUGAAUUUCUUGUCUCGCUUCCCCCUUCCAGUCCCAAAGAGUUCGAGAAUAGAAUACAGACAGGCUCUCUGUCUAACCUGCUUGACAAGAAUAUACUCCCUGGAGCAUACGGAAGACCUUCUUUCAACAUCUCGACUGAAGCAGGCCGAGCAAAGAUGAGGGCAUAUGUCAAAGCAAAAAUGAUGCACAAAAUACCAGGUUCCUUAGAGAAACACAGCUAUCGUCAACUCUCCCGAGUAGACUCGGAUAAUCAAAGAAUGCGUCGUGUUUUUGUUGCUAAUAAGGGCUGGAUAUGGCGAACGAGACUGGAGACGCAUGGCACGCGAUUCGUGACCCAUAAUGAUACUGAGGCCCCGGGCUCAUAGCACAUGCGAAUUUUGGCCUAGUAGUUAGGAUCUGCGACUAAGCAAGAAACCCGGAAUUAAAAAUCGAGGUCAACUCAUGACGUCUUACUAGCCCAACUUGGAGCCACUGUUUUCUUCAGGAGUUUUCAAUCUCAUUUUUUGCCCGGGUUCGCAAGAGAGUGUGUAAACACAAAAACCCGUCAGUUUGAAGGAUUGGGCGUGUCAGAUAUAUCUGAGUGCAGGUUACUCAAACACUUUUGUUGGGGUACAUGAUAAAGUGGAGUUGGUGGUUCUGAUCAAGUCCUUGUGAAAGCUCCUUGUAUUUCGGCAUAAUGAAGAUGACUGGCUAAACUGAACUGCCACAGAGGCUUUAAUAACGAAAAAUGCGCCAAUAGAGAUGGGACAUCGAAAAAGAAAAAAGCAAAUGAAUACACAUCCCACAAAAACAACCUGAAAUAUCUCUUCGAAAUAGCGGCUUAAUCAAGCGAGCUAU